AUGAUUUCCAAGACUGCUCUUUUGUCCGUCCUCGCGGCAGGUGUGUCGGCUCAACAAGUCGGCACCUUGACCACGGAGACUCAUCCAGCAAUGCCCAUACAGUCCUGCUCGGCCGCGGGUUCCUGCAGCUCUCUCUCCACAACGGUGACCCUCGACGCCAACUGGCGAUGGCUUCACACGACAACGGGCUAUGACAACUGCUACACUGGUAACACCUGGAACACGACAUUGUGCCCAGACGGCGCAACCUGUGCGGCCAACUGCGCGCUGGACGGCGCCGACUACAGCAGCACCUAUGGAGUUACCGCAUCUGGUGGAGCUCUGACGCUCAAGUUUGUUACCCAGGGCAGCUACAGCACGAACAUUGGAUCGCGUCUGUAUUUGAUGGCUUCAGAGUCCAAGUACCAGAUGUUCAAGCUGCUUAACAAGGAGUUCACCUUCGACGUCGACGUGUCAAAGCUGCCAUGUGGCUUGAACGGCGCUCUCUAUCUGAUAGAGAUGGAUGAGGAUGGUGGCAUGGCCAAGUAUUCGACUAACAAGGCUGGUGCUAAGUACGGUACUGGGUACUGCGACACCCAGUGUCCGCAUGACAUCAAGUUCAUCAAUGGAGAGGCCAACUCCGAGGGCUGGGAGCCUAGCGACAACGACGUCAAUGCUGGCACGGGUACCUAUGGCUCCUGCUGCAACGAGAUGGAUAUCUGGGAGGCGAACAGCAUCUCCGCCGCCUACACUCCCCACGUCUGUUCUGUCGACGGCCAGGUGCGCUGCUCAGGCACCGACUGCGGCGACGGUGAUGAGCGAUACGAGGGUGUUUGCGAUAAGGAUGGCUGCGACUUCAACAGCUAUCGCAUGGGCGAUCAGUCCUUCUACGGCCCCAGCAUGACCGUCGACACCACCAAGAAGUUCACAGUCGUCACCCAAUUCGUCACCGACGACGGCACCGACUCUGGAACUCUCUCCGAGAUCCGCCGUCUCUACGUCCAGGACGGAACCGUCAUCAAGAACAGUGUCACCAAGGUCGACGGCAUCACCGAGACGGACAGCAUUACCGAUGCUUUCUGCAACGAGCAGAAGACCGCUUUCGGCGACACAAACUCCUUCGAGAACCUCGGCGGCAUGGCAGCCAUGGGCGGCGCUAUCGGCCGCGGCAUGGUCCUCGCGCUUUCCGUCUGGGACGACCACGCUGUCAACAUGCUCUGGCUCGAUUCUUCGUACCCGACUGAUAAGGACCCCUCCACGCCCGGUGUUGCCCGUGGCACUUGCCCUACGGAUUCGGGCGUCCCUACCGACGUUGAGGCCAACAGUCCGGACUCGCAGGUCAUUUACAGCAAUAUCAAGUUUGGCGCGAUUGAUUCGACGUACGCCGCUAGCUAG